GAGAUCCAGCGCGCGACCGACGAGCUCCUCCGCAUCGCCCGCGAAAGGAUCCUGAAGAGACUCGAGGCCGCUGUGGCCAGCGACGAGGAGGUCGAGAUUCGGGAGGCGAUCGCCGAAGCCCGCGAGAAGGGCGUCCAGCCCGAGGAGCUCAAGGCCGCCCAGGAGGUGCUCCGCAGCCUGGUCCUGGCGCGGGACCUCGCAGAGGCGCAGACGCUCGCGCAGCUGCGCGCGGCGAUCAAGAGCGCGGAGGGCGCAGGCUUGAAGCACAGGGCGCUGGACUACGCCCGGCAGCGGGCGACGGCUGCGGUGCAGCUUCAGGAGGCCGCCAGGAGCCGCCGUGUGGAGUUGCUGGAGCCGGCGCUGCGCACG